AGGAGAUGGUGUAAACGCCUUGCAGUGGCUGACAACUUCGGCUCCAUUUUGGCAUUCAUAGCAUCCCGUUAUGGACUCAAAUAUGAUCGAGCAAGUUUCACCAGAAGUGGUCCCGCCAUGCCAAUUGGAUCGUACACUGAGUUCAUCUGACUGACGAUAUCGCGUUUUGUGAGCUUUUCUUUGGACGGGAUGUCUACUCUCAAAGCGGAUGGCUUGGUUGACAAGCAGCGAGUUGGAAAUGUACUCGCAAUUUUCUCUGUCCAGAGAGCAUCUUGCAUCUUGCGGAUGUCUUGCCCGGCAGAGACCAGCUGGUUUAUCAACAUGCGUAUUUUGUCAUGUGUAUCUGAGCAGCUUUCCGCAGUAUUUGUUGCUGGUCGCAUAUCGACCAAUUUUUGCACAACUCUGGCUCUAUUUACAGAGUUCGACACAUCAUGUCUUCUGACUCUACGACGCUAUUUAUCAAUAGGUCUUCGGAUAACCAUGCCCCUGCAUUGGCGGAGAACUCUCUAUCUUCUCCGUUGAUUUCACCUUUCAUUGCUGCAUCGCUAGGUGUCGAUACCGUUUCGGUCGUCGAACUGCUUAUCCAGCUUGUCUACCAAGAUCUGGAGUGCGUCUCUGCUCUCCCUGAUGAGCUCAAUUCCUCCGCUGAUCAGGUCUGCAGCAUUGUAAAGCUCAUCGAGCUGUUUGGUCUCGUUUCCGCUGGUCGAGACUCCUUCGGAGUAACCUCUGUACUUUUCCACCAAGGUACCCAAGGACUUAGCACUGUAUGCUAUUGGUUUUUUGUGUAAUGUGAAUGCCAUUAUCACUUUUUGCUCUCUUUUUUUUCGGCUUAAGUGCUUUGCUUUCGCUUUAACUUACAGCCUACUUUAUUGUAGCGUAUGUGUUGCCAGGUAUGAUAGCCUGGGUUUUUUGUUGCUAGGUAUGAUGUCCUAGUCUUUAUUGCCAGGGAAAUGCUGGACUUGUGCUAGG